AUGGGGAUCGCCGACAUCCUCGACGACAUCAACAAAGCGCCGAGGUUUCGUCCUCUUGUCGACAAGGUCGUAGAGCCUCCUCCCCCUCAAGUCCCAGAAAACAGACCCCGUCUGAACCGUGUUCCCAUGCCCGGCUCAGCUGCUCGUGCUACCCACGAUAUGGCAACAAGUCGUCUCCAAAGUCGUGGUGCUCCAGGGGCAGAGUCUAGCCUUAACUCUGACAAGCACGCCGUUGCUUCAUCCAGGAACAACAGCGGAUCCCCCACACAGCCCAGGGCGGGCAACGGCCCCACUCGCACCCCACGCACCACCGGUGCCCGUGCGGAUCCUCUCGCCAAGCCGAACCAAAACCCGGGUCUAACUGACCAACCCGCGACCAGUCCCUCCGACCGCCGUUCGCCUGCCACUUCUCAACCACCUGUUCGCAAGCCCGAGCAACAACAGACCAAGAAGCCUGCGCAGCCCAAGAAACCCACUGGAAGCACUGCUAAAAAGUCCACAACUCCAUCGUCCUCUCGUGCCGCUGCUCCGUCUACCAAGGCCCAAUCCAAGCAGCCGCCCAAGCCCGUCAACGGACCCGUCAACGGACCCGUCAAAACUUCGAACGACCCCGACGGUACAGAUUGCGAAUCUCUGUUUGGCGAUUCUGUGCUUGAAAGCAUUGAACAGCCCCCAAAGCCCGCUCGCGUCCGUCGGCAGAAAGGCUCGCAGCUGGGGAAAAUCAUUAGCCAGGAGAAACGCUCGGCCACAGCCAGGAGACAAGCACAAACAAAACUUCAAGCAGAAGCUAAAGAAGCCGCCAAACGAGCCGCUGAAGAAGCCAAGGAAGCGGAGACUGAGGCCCAGAGACGGGCAGAAACCGCCAAAAGAGCCGAAGCCGCUAGAGAAGCCAAAGAACUCGCCGCGAGAUCUUUGAUCAGCCCUUCGCUCACCCCUACGGUCAUCCCGGCCGGUCCCCAACAAAAGCUCAUCGGAGAGGUGAAGCUCAACCACGACAACCCAUUGUCGACACUCUUGGCCACCUCGGGCGCCAAUAUGGACCCACCAAAGCAUGGCAACUACCCCAUCAUUCUUAGUGAUGAUUUACUGGGCAAGGCGUCCAAAGAAACAGUCAGCGGCAUUCGCUACAACCACAAACCGGCGCUCUCGUCCGACAUCGCCCCGAGCCAAGCAAGGCUUAAGCGGUCCGCGAAGGAUGGCUCGUACAACCUCGGCUUCGAUGAUAACGGAGACAAGUAUCAAUACAAUGGCGUCCGCACUGCAGCAGACAGUCAAUAUGUGCUCGUCUUCGACCCAGACCGCAAGGCUUUCGUCCUCCACCAGGUCGAUUCAAUGUUCAACAUGAACAUCACCAAAACACCGACCGACACCAAUGCCGCGAAGCAGUUCCCUCCUUUAGAUGUCAAGGGUACUGUUCUCGACAAACCGGCCCCCAAGCAAAAGGCAUCCACAGCCGCAUCCAAGAACAAGGAAGCACCUGCCAAGAACGCACCUGCUGGCAGGGGAAGAGGAGGAAAGGCAGCCCAGAACAAGCAGAACCCUGCAACGAUACCUCACUCCAAGCCUGCCUCGCCGCCGCGUGCAGAGGCAGAAGGACACACAUCCAAGCGCCGCAAGCCAUCACCCGCUGAUUCCGAAGACGAGGAUGAGGAUGACGAUGAUGGUGGCUUGACGAUAGAAUACCCCGAUGGUCCCCCACCAGAACGGUUCAAGCCAGCAGUCAACAAGUAUGCUUCUCCGGCUCUCGCCCUGACCCGGCGCUUUUCCGAGUUUGCGGCCGCCUAUAACCCUGACGAGGAAGAGGACGUCAAUAUGGACGCCGAGUUCGAGUCUCGGUUCAACGAAGACGCCGAUGGAGAAGGCGGUGGAUACGAGGACGACGAUGAGGAGGAGGAAGACGAGGACAUGGUGGAUGCUUUGGCCUUACCCAGCCCGAUCAACAAACCCGCGGCAUUGGCAAGGACCAAUAGCUACCACGAGAACCCAUUGCCUCCUCCUGACCGCUUCAGUUUUGACGAUGGCUCCGACAUGGAGGCAGAGUUCGAAAACGUUCAAGAAUCGGCGCCGGCCAACAACCAGGUUAAUGCCGCUGAUGGCAUUGAUGAUGCCGAAAUUGCUGCCAUGGAGGCGGAACUUGCGAAGGACCUGGAGAGUGACGUUAGCGAGGAGGAGUAA